AUGGCGUCCACAUUCUAUCACUGGAUCAAGUCACCAGCUGGUCGGGAAUACUUCCUUGUAAGUGCAUCAAUUAGACCCGAUCAUCGACAUCGACACGCAUCGAUUGCUCGCGCAUCGCUGUUGCUAUUGCUACUGCUACUGCUAUCGCAUCCAGAUCUGACAUUCUCGCCAAUCGCCUCUCGCAGUCCACGCACUUUUGGGGUCCAGUCGCCAACUGGGGCUUGCCUAUCGCAGCUCUAUUGGACCUCAAAAAGGACGAGGAGGUCAUUUCGGGAACCAUGACGGGCGCGCUGGCCUGCUACUCGUGAGCCUCCCUUCGUGUCACAGUCGAGGUGGAGGACUACUUUAGAAGCCGCAGAUGUCGCAUCAAUGCAACAUACCUUUGCUCACCCUCACCCGGUCUGCCUUUCAUCGCUACUUCUUCUCGUGCAGUCUGGUUUUUAUGCGAUUUGCUUGGCGGGUGCAACCAAGAAAUUACCUCCUCUUCGCCUGUCAUGGCACAAACGCUGCCGCUCAGAUGACUCAAGGUGGGCGGUUUGUCAAUGUGAGUUGCCCCAUCGGGCACAGCACGAUAGUGCAACAUGUACCCCAACAAUGACGUCUUAUCCUCCAUGCAGUACUUCUAUCUCGGAGGCAAGGAGAAGAAGGCCGAGGGGCAAGUGCCAGGCGUGGCCGCAUCGAGCGGCUCCGCUGUCGCUGCAACGACGGAGAAGAAAGUCUAA